ACCUUCUGGUCAGUCAGGAGGGAUGAGAAGGAUUAGAACAGAUUACAGAGCAGUUUAGAAGAGUAGAGGAAGACAGCACACACACACACACACACCUCAGGAUUCAGACACACAUCAUGAGGAACUGAGCCAAACUGGACCGAAGUGGACUCAAGAGGACCUCACUACUCAGGACUUGAUUGAAGUGAGAUUGAGUUACAGAAGACUCUGACAGGAUUGGAGGGAGCAGGAAGAGGAGGAGGACUGAAGUGGUCUGGACGGGGCUGAAGUGGUCUGAACGGGGCUGAAGUGGUCUGAACUCGACUGAAGUGGUCUGAACGAGACUGAAGUGGUCCAGCUCAAGGCAGCAGUCCUCAUGGACGGCUUCCAGGCGUACGGGGCCGGUAAAGCCGGCGGGGCGUUUGACCCCUUGACCUUCAUUCGACAGCCUCAGACGGUGGUGAGGAUCCUCUGCUGGCUCUUCUCCAUCGUCAUUCUGGGCUGCGUGGCGAAUGAGGGCUACGUUAACCGGCCCGAGGAGGUGGAGGAGUACUGCAUCUUCAACCGCAACCAGAAUGCCUGCAGCUUUGCUGUCACCAUGGGAACGCUGGGCUUCCUCUGCAGCGCCGCCUUCCUGGCGCUCGAUGUUUACUUCCCUCAGAUCAGUGGCGUGAAGGACAGGAAGAAGGCCGUCAUGGCCGACAUCGUGGUGUCAGCCCUGUGGUCCUUCCUGUGGUUUGUGGGCUUCUGUUUCCUGGCCAAUCAGUGGCAGGUCUCUAAAGCGGAGGACAAUCCUCUGAAUGAAGGCGCCGACGCUGCUCGAGCCACCAUCGUCUUCUCCUUCUUCUCCAUCUUCACCUGGGGAGCUCUGACUCUGCUGUCGUUGGAGCGUCUGAAGCGAGUCUCCUUUGAGGAGGAAUACAACAAACUGUUCAGCGCGCCUCUCGCCUGACACACACCUGACUUCACCUGUGCUUCCCAGCCAAUCAGAGGGCUUCCUGAAUGGACUCUGAUUGGCCACACUAAGUGCCUCUCAUCCCAUGUGCCUUCCUGUUACCACGGUAACAGAGUAACGCUGUUUCCAUCCUCAGAUGCUGGAGAAGAUUGGAGAACUUUCACCUCUGUGUUGCAGUGACAUCAUCCCACUGUGGCGAUGUCAUUACAAUGACAUCAUUGUAGUGAUGUUAGGUUGGUGAUGGUAUCGCAAUAACGUCACUUUGAAUGACUUUGUGGUGAUGUCAUUGUGAUGACAUCGCCAAAGGUGACUUCAUGGUUAUAGUGAUGACAUCAUUGGGAGGAUAUCAUGGUCGUGAGAUCAUGGUGAUGAUGUCACACUCAUAUAAGUGGGAAUUAAACAUGUCAACAAACUGAUCUUUGCUCAUUAACCCGGAGUGUUUCCAGUUGUUGAACUCGUGGAGUAAAGUUCAUUCAUCUUCUAUUUCACUCAUCUAGUUCAGGGUUUCAGGGUGUUGGAGCCAAUCCCAGCUGGCUUAUGGGUGAGGGCAGAAUCCUCCUGGAAUGAAAUGACUUCAGAGUCAAUAAAAUGACACAAAUGAUUAAAACCAAAAAACCUCUUUGAAAGAUAGAAACCCUCAAGCAAUCCCUGAUGAAAGUCUGUUCCGACGUCCUGGAGUGACAGCAGAUCAUUUUGCAGCAACAAUUAAACAAGCAGAACAUUUGGAUUUAGCAUCGUAGUCGAGAACAUAUCAAUGAUCUCUGCUGUUCACAGAACAGAAGUGUUGACAGAUGUUCUGCAGAUGUGAGGAGGAGAACAGAGGAGGUUCUCCAGGAAUGUAGCUCCUGAGCGACAAUCUGACAUGAUAAAGAUGUAAAAUGUCAUUUUGUAGUUAAUAAAAACUGCAGAACCUGGAGUCAUGAUCUGCUUCCUGAGAAGUUCUUUGAUGCUUCAGUGCUGAGUCUGAAAUGAUCCUGGUGUUAAAUGUUCUUCAGUCGACGCUCUGUUUCUGGUUCCGGGAUUCCUCAGACCGGCUUCAUGGUUCUGGUUCUGCGGUGGUUCUGGUUCACAGGCGCUGCUGGCUCUGCUCGCCCUGCACAGGUUCAAACUGGGGGCCGACUCCGUCACCCUCAACCAGGACUACGUGGACCCCAACCCCCAGGAGGUGAUGGAGCCCCCCCCUUCUGAGGAGUGACCACAAGAGA